AGUCCGUGCAAAGGCCGCCGCUGCUGCUGCUGCUGCUGCUCCUGCAGUGCGAUCCCAGAGGAGCGUCCGGCCCGCCGCCCCCGGUACAAUCAUGUUUGAAAUCAAGAAGAUCUGUUGCAUUGGAGCAGGUUAUGUUGGAGGACCCACAUGUAGUGUCAUUGCACGUAUGUGCCCUGAAAUUAAGGUCACAGUUGUUGAUGUCAACGAAGCUAGAAUCAAUGCAUGGAAUUCUGCCACACUCCCAAUUUAUGAGCCAGGACUAAAAGAAGUAGUUGAAUCUUGUCGGGGGAAAAAUCUCUUUUUUUCUACUGAUAUUGAUGCUGCCAUCAAAGAUGCUGAUCUUGUAUUUAUUUCUGUUAACACACCAACAAAAACUUAUGGAAUGGGAAAAGGUCGGGCAGCUGAUCUGAAGUAUAUAGAAGCUUGUGCUAGACGGAUCGUACAGAAUUCAAAUGGGUACAAAAUUGUGACCGAGAAAAGUACCGUCCCAGUCAGGGCAGCAGAAAGUAUACGGAGAAUAUUUGAUGCAAAUACAAAACCCAACUUGAACUUACAGGUGCUUUCCAACCCUGAAUUCUUGGCAGAGGGUACAGCAAUCAAGGACCUAAAGAGCCCUGAUCGGGUGCUGAUCGGUGGCGAUGAAACCCCUGAGGGGCAGAAAGCUGUCCGUGCCCUGUCUGCUGUCUAUGAACACUGGGUUCCCAAAGAAAAGAUUCUCACAACCAACACUUGGUCUUCAGAGCUUUCUAAAUUGGCAGCUAAUGCUUUUCUUGCGCAGAGAAUCAGCAGCAUUAACUCAAUCAGUGCCUUGUGUGAAGCCACAGGAGCUGAUGUAGAAGAGGUUGCAACAGCCAUUGGGAUGGAUCAGAGAAUUGGAAAUAAGUUUCUGAAAGCCAGUGUUGGCUUUGGUGGGAGCUGUUUCCAGAAAGAUGUUUUAAAUUUGGUUUAUCUCUGUGAAGCUCUGAAUUUGCCUGAAGUAGCUCGUUAUUGGCAACAGGUAAUAGAUAUGAAUGACUACCAGAGAAGAAGGUUUGCUUCCCGGAUUAUAGACAGUCUGUUUAAUACAGUCACUGAUAAGAAGAUAGCUAUUUUGGGAUUUGCAUUCAAAAAGGACACUGGAGACACAAGAGAAUCCUCGAGUAUCUACAUAAGCAAAUAUUUGAUGGAUGAAGGAGCACACCUCUAUAUUUAUGAUCCUAAAGUACCAAGGGAACAAAUAGUUGUCGAUCUUUCCCAUCCCGGUGUUUCAGAGGAUGACCAAGUGACCCGACUGGUGACCAUUACAAAGGAUCCCUAUGAAGCAUGUGAUGGAGCCCAUGCUGUUGUCAUUUGUACUGAAUGGGAUAUGUUUAAGGAAUUGGAUUAUGAACGUAUUCACAAAAAAAUGCUGAAGCCAGCCUUUAUCUUUGAUGGUCGGCGUGUCCUUGAUGACCUUCACAAUGAGUUACAAACCAUUGGCUUCCAGAUUGAAACAAUUGGCAAGAAGGUAUCUUCAAAGAGAAUUCCAUAUGCACCUUCAGGUGAAAUUCCGAAGUUUAGUCUACAGGACCCACCAAACAAGAAGCCGAAAGUAUAGGCGUUGUCAUUUUUGUAUUUUAAGUAUUGCAGAAUCAUGAAUACCGCAUUAUGUUAAAUAGGAAACCAAUGAAGUGUUUUUAAGGAAACAAAACUUAUUUUUUUAGUGAUUUAAAUCAAGUUUUUAAAAGCUACAUGAUUGGUAGCAUACCUAGUCAUCUUAAAUCUAGAAUCUAUUUUCUCUAUAUUUUUAUAAUAUUUUAUCAGUUGUUGAAUAACCAAAUGGAAAAUAAUCAUGAUUUUAAUGGUAUCAGUUUUUGUAAAAAUUAAACUUCAGGUCUCUUUAAAAUAUGUUCAUAAUUUGUGCUUUGAUUUUAUAUCUUUCUAUGUUUUGUUCAUCAGUAUAUUUAAAACAAAAUUAAAUGUGUUUUGCUGAUGACUUAAAAUUUUUUAUGUUAAAUACCAAACUGACUCUUCUUAAACUCUUCAGAAAAUGCCAUGAAGUGAGCCUAGUUGGGUAGGGUGUGAUUGUCAGUGCUGUCUGAUGUAAACCAUGAACCUCUGAUCAUAGAGAAAGGUAGUAGAAUGGACAGCCUUGGGUCUUUUGUGUUGUCAUCUUUAUAUACAUAGAACACAUGCUCUCUUGGUUCUUCUGAGUCCUGUACUACCUUCUUCAUGGUAAUUUUUAAGGUGAAAAAUGAAUAAAACAUUCCUUAACAUCUUAACGGGGGGGAGAAGAGAGGGGGAAAUAGGGUAGCACAUUGAGUUGCAUACUUUUGUUCAAAAGAGUCAAUCAUUUCUCUUUGGUAAGUCAAAAUGUGUGAAAUGAAUUAUUAACCUUAAGAGAAAAUAAAUAAAUAGCACGGUCUGUUUGUUC